UAUGACUCGGGAGAGACCACUGAUUAUACGGUCAAAAUUCUGGGUCAAAACUGUCCGAAUCUCAAGAGUUUAUAUCUGAACUGUUGUUCAAAUUAUGGCGAAGAGGGUCUUUGGUGGCUCCUCAAGACCGCCACCCAUUUGGAGCGCUUGGAGGUCAGCAAUAAUCAUAAAAUCAAUGGCAACUGUUUCCGACUCUUAGCGCCAACACUGCGUUCGCUCGAUAUCUCUAACUGUCCAAAGAUUAAAGAGAAAGGAUUUAAGGAAUUGAUUAGUGGCCAGAAUCGAGACUCAUUGAAAUCGCUUACUAUAACGCCAUGUAAUAGCAAACUAAUGGAAAUGAUUUGUUUGAAUCUCAAAAACUUGACAACACUUCGUGUAUCGACAUAUCCAUCAUCUGAUGCCCAGACAUCCUAUACUUUAUAUAUGCAGUGUCUAUGA